GGUCCGGCGGCAUCCCCGUCCGCGGGGUAGACGAGGGAAGGAGGCGCGCCUGCCCGAAGUCUAUUGAUGAGGGGCUCGGAAGUCGCGAAGUCCACACACCGUAAUCGCAAGGAACGGUUUUCUUCGGCCCGACCUUCGAAAGAGCGGCCCGAGGCAGGGGGCAUGGCUGUCUUCCGACGACGAGGGGGCCGCCCCUGCCCAGUGGCCCUGGCGGGGGUCUGCCUCUGCUGGCUCCUGUCGCUGGCCCGGGGCACGACGGUGAAGUACGGCAUCGACGAGGAGGCCGCCCCGGGCACGGUGAUCGGCACCCUGGGCGAGGAGCCGCCCCUGGGGGCGGGCGGGUCCGGCUUCCGCCCGAUGCCGGCCCUCAACGGGUCCCUGCUGCGCCUGCGGGAGCGGGACGGGCGGCUGACGGUCGGGGAGGGCGGGCUGGACCGGGAGCGGCUGUGCGGGCAGGCCCCGCGCUGCACGCUGGCCUUCGACGUGGUGCGGCUGGACGGCGGUGGCGGCGGGGCCUCGCGGCUGGUGCACGUGGAGCUGGAGGUGCGGGACAUCAACGACCACCCGCCCCGCUUCCCGCGGGCGCGGCUGCCGGCGGUGGAGGUGUCGGAGAGCGCGGCGGUGGGCACCCGCGUCCCGCUGGAGGUGCAGGCGCUGGACGAGGACGUGGGCGCCAACGGGCUGCAGGGCUUCCGCCUGUCGGAGCCGCGCGGGCCCUUCGGCGUGGAGCUGCAGGCGCGGGCGGACGGCGCCAAGCGCGCCGACCUGGUGCUGCUGCGCGAGCUGGACCGGGAGCGCCAGGCCGCCUACAGCCUGGAGCUGGUGGCGCUGGACGGGGGCAGCCCCCCGCGCUCCGCCUCGGCCGCGCUCAGCGUCCGCGUGCUGGACGCCAACGACCACAGCCCGGCCUUCGCGGGGCCGGCCGCGGCGGCGGCGGGCGGGGGCGGCGGCGGCCCCGGGGCGGUCACGGUGGAGCUGGCGGAGGACGCGGCCGUGGGCGCCCUGCUGCUCGACCUGGACGCGGCCGACCCGGACGAGGGCCCCAACGGCGACGUGGAGUUCGGCUUCGGCGGGCGCACGCCGGCCGAGGCGCGGCGCCUCUUCCGCCUGGACCCGCGCUCGGGCCGCCUCACGCUGGCGGGGGCCCUGGACUUCGAGCGCCGCCGGACCUACGAGCUGGACGUGCGCGCGCAGGACCGCGGCCCCGCCCCGCGCGCCGCCACCUGCCGCGUCGUCGUGCGCGUCCGCGACGUCAACGACAACGCGCCCCGCCUCGCCGUCACCCCGCUGGCCCUCGACGACGCGGCGGCGGCGGCGGCGGCGGAGGAGGGGCGAGGCGAGGACGCCGCCGCCGCCGCGCUCGCCCCCGACGGCGAGGACGACGCCGCCGCCGCGCUCGUGCCCGAGGGCGAGGCGCGCGACCGGCUGGUGGCGCUGGUCAGCGCCUCCGACGGGGACUCGGGCGCCAACGGGCAGGUGCGCUGCGCCGUGUCCGGGCACGAGCACUUCCGCCUGCGGCCCGCCCACGCGGGCGGCUACCUGCUGGUCACGGCCGCGCCCCUCGACCGCGAGCGCAUCGCCCGCUACAACCUGACGCUGGUGGCCGAGGACCAGGGCGCGCCCCCGCUGCGCACCGUGCGCCCCCUGGUCGUGCGCGUGGCCGACGCCAACGACAACGCGCCGCUCUUCGCGCGCCCCGUCUACGACGUGGCCGUGCGCGAGAACAACGCCCCCGGCGCCCACCUGGCCACCGUGGCCGCCCGCGACCCGGACCUGGGCCGCAACGGCCGGGUCACCUACCGCCUGCUGGAGGCGAGGGCCGGCCGGGGCGGCGAGGCCGCGUCCGCCUACCUGUCGGUGGACCCGGCCACGGGGGCCGUGUACGCGCUGCGGAGCUUCGACUACGAGGCCAUGCGGCGGCUGGACGUGCUGGUCCUGGCCACGGACGGCGGGUCCCCGCGGCUGUCCGGCAGCGCCCUGGUGCAGGUGCGCGUGCUGGACCAGAACGACCACGCGCCCGUGCUGGUGGCCCCGCCGACGGCCAACGGCUCCCUGGAGGUGGCGGUCCCCGGGCGCGCGGCGCGGGCCACGGCGGUGGCGCGCGUGCGCGCCCGCGACGCGGACGAGGGCGCCAACGGCGAGCUGGCCUUCGCCCUGCUGCGGCAGGAGCCCCGCGAAGCCUUCGCCAUCGGCCGCCAAACCGGGGAGAUCGUGCUGGUGGGGGACCUGUCGCGGGAGCCCCCGGGCCGCGUCUUCCGGGCGCUGCUGGCCGUGUCGGACGCCGGCCGGCCGCCGCUGUCCACCACGGCCACGGUCCGCUUCGUGGUGACGGCGGGCGGCGGCCAGGCCGGGCCCGGGACCGCCCGGCCGGACCCCGAGCGCCCCGCGGCCCCGGGAGGGCGCGGCCGGGGCGGGGCGCUGCAGUGGGACACGCCGCUCAUCGUCAUCGUCGUGCUGGCCGGGAGCUGCACGCUGCUCCUGGCCGCCAUCAUCGCCAUCGCCGCCACCUGCCACCGCCGCAAGAAGGAAGGGCGCAAAGGCGGCGGCGGCGGCGGUCCCCGCCUGGACGAGCGACCCGCCGGCGGCGGCGGCGGCGGCGGCGGCGGCGGCGGCGGCGACGACGACGGCUCCUCCUCCUCCUCCUCGGCGGCCUCCACGCCCCCGGGCCGGCCGGCCCCCGGGGCCUCCGGGUUCGACGUCCCGGGCUUCGCCGGCGGCCUCGCGGCCGAGAGCGCCCUGCCCGCCCCGGCCGGAGGGCCCGCAGCCGAGGGCGGCGGCGACCACCCCCACCACCACCGGGCUCCCGCCCUUCACUCGGAGGGGCCGAAGCGGCUCCGGGGAGCGCGCGCCGAGCCGUCCGCUUCAGCCCCCGGGUUGGGGAAGGAGCCGGGCCCGCCCGGGCCCACCUGGAAGGGGCACUCGUUCAACACCAUCUCGGGUCGGGAGGCGGACAAGUUCAGCGGAAAAGACAGCGGCAAAGGGGACAGCGAUUUCAACGACAGCGACUCCGACAUCAGCGGGGACGCCUUGAAAAAGGAUCUCAUCAAUCACAUGCAAAGUGGACUGUGGGCUUGUACGGCCGAGUGUCGGAUCCUGGGCCACUCGGACCGCUGUUGGAGCCCCUCCUGUGGCCGAACCAACGCUCACCCUCCUCCUCCCCCCCCCUUCGCUCCGUUGUCCACCUUCUGUAAGAGCACCUCCUUGCCUCGCGAUCCCCUACGCCGGGACAACUUCUACCAAGCUCAGCUGCCCAAGACGGUCGGGCUGCAGAGCGUCUAUGAGAAAGUGUUGCACAGAGAUUACGACCGGACACUCACACUGCUCUCCCCUCCUCGGGCCGGCCGGCUCCCAGAUCUGCAGGAGAUUGGGGUGCCCGUCUACCAACCUCCACCAGUGAGGUAUCUGUCCCCUCAGACUGGGACCAGUGAAAACAUGUAACCCCCCUCCCUUGCCGCCACCCCCCACUGCAUGCACUCCUACACAUCCAGGGCUUCUCCGAGAGCCCCUAAGUUAUUGACCAGUUUCAGUGUUGUAUAUUUAAAUAUGCAAGAUGUGCCUUAAAAUGAAGUUGUUGGAAAGGAUUUCCAAUCGCAGUACUGUUGGGUAUUCGCAAACGAAAAAUGUUUGUAGUAAAUGUAAUUUUUAUGAAAUGUGCAGUAUUUAAUUUUUUUCUUUUUAACCAGGCUGUUGAUUUGAGUUCACCUGCGGCUUGCCAUUUUCUUAGUGGUUUUUAACCUGUACAUGUGUAAUUAAAUGUUUGUAUAUAUUAAAUUUUGUUAUAUUUUUAUAUAAUAAAAGCGAAAAAUUGAAGUUCAUGCCAAAGGAACGUCCAAGACCCAAAAUCUGACUACAUUAGAAUCACUGAAGGGAAAUGAAUUCUUCACCGUGAACGACCUAGUAUGAGAAGUUUGCCUUGCCAAGUGUGAUUUGUACCAAGUCUGUGAUCGAUUUCAAUUUAAAUGUUAUUCUAUCUAGUUUUCUGUAGACCAUGUCACUUAUGAAUUCACUAAUAAACUGUGAUGUG